AUGGCUUCGACGUUUGAUGUACCGCCUGCCAGUCUUCAUGACAAAGAUAACCGCCCUACUCAACACUUCUCUACCUCGGGUCAGCAAGGAUCGACCUCAUCGUUCGACUCGAACCAACUGCCUUCUACAUUGUCGCGCAUCGACAGCGACUCACUAUCUCCGAUCAACUAUCUUGAGACGCCCGAGUCCAGUUCUAGCUUGGGCCACUACCCAGCCAGUGACUUCAGCGAACUAGGCGACGAUCCGUUCUUUGGUGCCGACUUCAGCGCCAAUGGAGGCACUCCCAACUUUUUGGAGCAGGACUUGACCGGACUGGACCAACCUUUUACUCCUGGUAUCAUGCCAGACAACAACGUGGACGCUGCUGGUACAUAUCCAUUGACGCCUGAGCAAACAGCGUCGGUCCAUCCCACACCACCUCAGAGUAACCUUUCGUACGCUAUCAAGGGCUCUGCGCCAUCGGAGCUCCCCAACUGUAUCUCACCACAGCAGAUCCAAAAGAACUUCAACCCAUACCCAAUUAAUACACAGACAUCUGAUUUGACGCCAAGUCAGAGUAGCAGCUGCCUUUCCAGUGAAGACGGUGGCAUUCCUAUCAUGACCAGUCCUCGGGUUACUGUCUCCAUGUGGGGCAACCAUAAUGAGACUCUUGUUCACAGCUCUGUUGAGCGCGGCCUCGAAGACAGCCCCACCACCGUCCGUGGCGGAUUCGAGUCUGCUGGGGAUUUGAUAUCCUCCGGAGAUCAUUCUUCCCCUCGUGAUUCGACCGGCAGAUGGCAGCCUAAUUCAUUAACAGGCCAAGCUGGUCUCGAUCCCACGAGCCGCCCCACCAACGAAAUACCAAGCAUUAAUGAGCUUGCCGCUGGUCGCGAUGACGAUGAACGUAAGGAGGUUGUGGGUGAUUGGUUGGCCGAUAAGAUGAAUGAUCUUUCAGUCAAGCCAGAUGACAACUCACGAGAUCAAAUCAACGAGCUGAACCUUCAGCGGGACGAUCCGGCUGAGCAUGAAAUUCCAUUCGGUCGUGAGACCGAGAAUAGGUUCAUUCCCGGCCAGACCUACUACCGUGACCAGGGCGAGAUGAACCAGCAAGAUCGCGAAAUAGUUGCUAAAAACCGGAACUGGUCGGAUUCACCCAUGUUCCCUUCUAUCAUUCGGGGACAGCCUGGAAGAAACCAACCCGAGACAUCGGCAGCGGCCAUGGAACGAUUCGAAAGGAUGUACCGUGAUACCGACUCCAUCUUGUCCAGAGCUGCGACAUGGGGAACCCGUCGCCGAAGUCUCCCCAGUGUUUUCGACCUCGACAUGGCCGACGGCACGAGUGGUGGUCUCCUGAAAAAGCUUUCGAGUAGCCGAGAGAACAAGUCGAAUAAGCCGGGAAGUCUCCUUAGAAAUCUCCAAGGCCUAGUGCGGCGACCUAGUGCAUCACAGAUUCUCAAGCGUACGCGCAGCAGUGGCAAUGACGAAGAGAGUUUACCAAGCAGUGAGGGCAGAGGAAGCCAAGAUUCGAAACGUGAUAGUAUAUCCAAGCGAGGAGACAGCAUCUCUCACCUUGCGCCACCAAAUCGCAUGGGCAGCUGGGGCAAGAAGCCUAUGCCUUCGAUCAACACGGCGAUUGCAUCCAUGGGUAGCAAUAUUGCUUCCAUCGGAACUGCACAUGCCCGAAGCGGAUCUGUUAGCAACAGCGGCACCCCUGUCGGGUCUAUCACAUCGCCCAAAAGCCCCUUUGGGGGACUCUCCGUCAAGAAGUCACUUCGUCGACCUCGAAGCAAAUCAGAGCUUCCGAAGUCUACCUCAAGUGGUAUAAAGUCAGAGAGCCACCCAACUCUCGUAUCAAUGUGGAAGCGAGAGACUGGUGGACCCCCUGUGGCUGCUCUGGCCAAGACUAAGCACGCCGAUCUUGAAGACGAUGAGGAUGAUGAAGAUGAUUUCAGUGAUGAAGCUGACAUGAGAACAAACCCGAAUGUUAUUGACAACAUAACCCCCAAUCUUGAAGGGUUCCAGCAACAUAUCAUCGACCUAAAUCCUGACCUGGCGAAUACCAACACUUUCCUUGUUGAUCGAAUCGCUUACCACCAGGUUCAACGAUAUAAGUAUUUACUUAAGAACCAGGUCUCUCAUAUUGGUCUGGGUGCAGCAUGUUUGUCUGGAACUAUGUGUGUCGCCAACAGUGGCUCUGCUAUUCUGUUGGACCAGAAUAAAAAUAUACGCGACCUGGAUCCUCUUCAGUCUUCAAACGACGACGAUGACGGAUCUCCUGUUGAGGGCGCUAUCAACAACGAGAGUUUCCCCCAGGAUAUCCCGAUGCCUCCCACUAGCCACCUCCCAGCUGAGUUCGAGUGCCGAUUGUGCUUUGCGACCAAGAAGUUUAUGAAGCCAUCCGACUGGACAAAACACGUCCACGAGGAUGUGCAGCCCUUUACUUGCACUUGGGAUAAGUGCCCUGGGCCAAAGAUGUUCAAACGCAAAGCCGAUUGGGUUCGUCAUGAGAAUGAAGGUCACCGACACCUUGAGUGGUGGACAUGUGAUGUAGAAGCAUGCCACCACCAAUGUUUCCGCCGGGACAAUUUCCUUCAGCAUCUCGUACGAGAACACAAAUACCCCGAGCCGAAGGUCAAGAGCAAGACUGCCAUAAAGAAAGCGGGUGGUUCUGAACCCACGUGGCAAAAGGUUGAGCAGUGUCACCACGAGACCACCAAGAAACCAUACGAUGAGCCCUGUCGCUUUUGCGGAAGAACAUUCCCAACAUGGAAGAAACUGACUGUGCACCUGGCCAAGCACAUGGAGCAAGUCUCUCUGCCUGUGCUCAGACUCGUUGAUGCCAAGGCUAGCGAGCUCAGUGCUGACACUGUGAUCAGCCCAGUGCAAGAUCCUCCUCCACGCAACAUCCUAACUACGCCCAUUGACCAGACCAGCCUGGCAAUGCAGUAUCCUCUGGGAGGCCAACAACAGCAUAUCCCGCAACAAACUCACCAAAUGUACCAGAAUCAGAAUCAGAACCAGAACCAGAUGACAUACCCUGUUAUGGGAUCAGAACCUUAUCACCAGCAGCAACAGCAAGGGUUUUACACAAACCAGUAUACUAAUGUUGGUACUGCUGGGCACAGCUUUCCUUCAACACAUGCCGAAAUGGGGUUGCAUCCUAUGAAUCACCAGAACUUCAAUGCUGCACCAAUGCAGGAUAUGAAUGUGACCGGCGCAGGUUAUCAGCAAAGCACCAACGCCUUUAUGAUGCCCAAUGAUGGGAUGGGUACAUACUCCCAAAUGAACCCUCUGGGCCUUAGCAAUGGCAUGCCUGUGGGACAAAUGGGACAGAUGGUGUAUGAUGGGAUCACAGACCCUUCAAGCGGGAAUGGGAGCCCUUUUAGCGGACAAGAAUCCAUUUCUCCUUACUCCCACUCUCCCAACUUGAACUCCAACACAGGUAAUGGGAUGUGGGGAGAUGGCCGGAUGGCCGGAUACCAAUGA